CGACGCGCCCACCGGGGCGCGCGUGUCACCCAACAGGGUCGCGGCGUCGCAACCGUCUUCUCGUGGGCGAUAAGGAGCGGCGACGCCAAUAUGGCGCGCAUAGAGGACGUCUCCGAUGGUUCCGUUGAUGAGUCCGACGCUCGACCCCGACGGGGCAGCCCGAUGAACCCCGACGAAACCUUCGACGACAUCCUGCGCAAAGCAUCAGAGAUAAAGACUGCGCAGAUGAAGGACAAGCGCCGCGCGUGGGAGGCGUCGCCGGAGUUCAUGAAGAACACCAUGACCUUCGACAAGGAUGAGUCCUACGUAGCCAUGAGAAAGUCGGCAUCCGUCGCGGAGAAGAUCGCGUUCGCGGCGCCCAUCAAGGAGGAGGGCAACGAGCUAUUCGCCAAGGGUAAAUACGCGCAGGCCAUGGCCAAGUACACCGCCGCGGUGGCGGUGUUCAGGUACUGGAUCCGAGAGCAGUCCGGUCGCGAACAGAACGUCGUCAAGUACUACGACGACGAAGCCGUCGAAGAUCCCGACGAUCGACGCGCGGCGCGAAACCUCAUUCGUUCCAUAUACCUCAACGCGGCGCAGUGCAUGAGGAAGGGAAACCUCGCGGACGGCCCGACGGAGAUCAUCUGGACGUGCACGGAAGUGUUGGCGAUCGAUCCAUCCAGCGCCAAGGCGCACUACGUCAGGGCGCUGGCGCGCGCCGAGCUCGACGAUUCCGCGUCCCUGGAGCUGGCGGUCAAGGACCUCGCCCGGGCGAACGCGCUCGCGCCAAACGAUCGCGCCGUCAGGGACGCGAUGCGCACGUACGGGGCGGCGCACGCGGAGCAGACCGCCAAGGACAGGGCCGCGUACGGCGCGGUGUUCGGGUCGCGGAACAAGGAGGGUCUAUACGCGAAUGAGGAGGAGCCGGAGACAGGGGAGAGGGCGGCGGCGUCGGCGGGAGCCGGCGCGAGCGGGGAAGGUUCCGACGGCGACGCGGACCCGGCGCUCAGGGCGCUCCAGAACAUGUCGGAGGAGGAGCUCAAGGCCAGGUGUAAGGCGGUGGGGGUGGAUCUGGACAAUCCGCGGGUCGUGAAGGAACUGGGCAAGCGCGCCAAGGCUCGGAAGGAGGAGGAGCUCAAGGCCAAGGCCAGGGAGAUGGGCAUCGAUCUGGGAGACCCGAGCGUGCGCAAGAUGCUCGAGCUGCUGGAGAAAGAGGAACGGGGCGCGGAGGAGCUGUCGAGGCUGCCAGCGUGGAGGCGGUGGAUAUACCACUCCUUCGACGGCACCAGGUGGCUCAACGUGCAGAACGCGAUGUACGCGGCACUCGCGGUCAAUGUCGUGUAUCGCGUUUGGAAGGUGAUCAACAUGCCGGAGGUCUCCCCGCGGGGUUUCGGCGGAUACCCCGGGGAUGACGAGUUUUAGCCCC